ACGCCCUUGGACGCACCAUCUUGGUACGACUUGACUUCUCUACUAUUCUCUCUUCCUCUCUUGACCCCUUUCACCAUCCCCGAUCCCCAGUACCCUGCUCCUGGCGUUCUUGUCCUGGAUUGCCAAACACUGCCCCAACCAACACAGCUUCAGGACACCCGUGGCCAUCAGUCGACUCUACCCGUCUGCUAUUCCCCACUCUCAAGUCUAAGCCAUGUCCUUCUCCCACCCUCGUCGAAGGACUCCGGUGACUCGUCCCGGCACCGACACUGAGAAUGCUCUAUCACUUAAGACCAACAUGACCCUCCGUAAGGGUGCAACCUUUCAUUCUCCUACCUCUCCUUCGUCUUCCGACUUGGACCUCACCUUCGUCCCUCCUCGUCUGUCUCGAUCUCAGUCCCACCUGGAUGAUGUCGUCGAUGCCAACCGCCGUCGCAUCGCCCUGACACUCAACGACAUCGACGAGGCGCUUUCCAAGACUGAGGAGCUUUCCCUGUCACCCAAGACUCCCAAGGCCAAGGCCCUUCGCGACACCAGCUUUCCCGUCCCUCGCGGCUUCCUCGACCUUCCCGUCGUCGAUCCCGCCAUGGCGAAGGAGGCUGAGAGGCGCGUUCUCCGCCCUCGCUCCGUCCGCCGCUCUCGACACCACGCAUCUGACAGCGGCUUGGGCACAUCCGUUGCUUCCACAAACGAGAAGCUUGCCGCCGACUCAGCAUCAAAGAAGGACACAAAGACACAAGCCACCCGCUCAGCAAUCACUCGCUCAGCCGCCGCUUCCGCCAUGGAGAGGCUUCCCAGCCUUGGGCCUAAGGCCAUUAACCGCAUUCACGAACACAUUCUUCGACCCCUUCGGGCCAAGCCCACCUUGAAGGACUUUGAGCCCAUUGUGCUUGACGUUCCACGACGCAUUCGAUCAAAAGAAAUCAUCUGCCUACGAGAUCUUGAGAAGACCUUGAUCUUUAUGGCGCCGGAGAGGACCAAGACAGCCGCCUUGUACCUUGAUUUCUGCCUCACCUCGAUCCGAUGCAUUCAAGCGACCGUCGAAUAUCUUAGCGACCGCGAACAGACCCGCCCCGGAGAUCGACCUUACACUAACGGAUACUUCAUCGACCUCAAGGAUCAGAUUCUUGAGUACGGCAGACAACUAGCAGCAGCCAAGGACGGCCCUGAAGACAUGGAUGUUGAUGCAGGCGACGAGAUCAAGCUCGUUGGUGGCAUUGCUGAGAACGGCCGCCCCGCCGAGCUUGUCCGUGUCCGCAAAGACGGCACCCACAUCUCCAUGGCCACCGGUAAGCCCGUCGACGUGACGGACUCGCCCAUCCAGAUGAAGCGCUCCCUGAGCCAGCAGCGGGAGGAUGAGGAAGAAAUCAUGCGAUCCAUGGCUCGACGCAAGAAGAACGCAACCCCAGAGGAGCUGGCCCCCAAAAAGUGCCGUGAGGCUGGCUGCAACAAGGAAUUCAAGCGCCCCUGUGACCUCACAAAGCACGAGAAGACCCACUCGCGUCCCUGGAAGUGCCCUAUCCCGACUUGCAAGUACCACAACUAUGGAUGGCCCACCGAGAAGGAGAUGGACCGCCACAUCAACGACAAGCACUCUGACGCCCCGGCCAUGUACGAGUGCCUGUACAAGCCCUGCCCGUACAAGUCCAAGCGCGAGUCCAACUGCAAGCAGCACAUGGAGAAGGCUCACGGCUGGACCUAUGUGCGAACCAAGACCAACGGCAAAAAGUUGCCUGGUCAGGCUGCCAGCACUACUCAGCAGACCCCUCCUCUCGGCAAUGUGUCGACUCCCUCCACCACACCCGCAUACAGCGUCCCCACUCCUCCUCAGGAGCACUCUGCCACCUUCAUUGGUGACUUCCCUCUCUACCCCACCGACUCUGACUGGAUCUCCACGUACGGCAUCCAACCAGACACCCUGGAUGCCAUGGACCUUGCCCUCGAGAACACUUCUCCAGCCUCUGCCAGCUCCUAUGAGCAGUAUGCCCCUUACCAGAACAGCUCGGCUUUCAUUCUGAACGACGAAGACCUCUACGCCGCCCAUGUUCAGAUCCCUGCUCACCUUCCCACCCCUGAGCAGGUGGCCAUGUACGAACCCAACCCGAAGAUGAUGGCGCAGCAGAUGCCCAUGUUCCAGGCUUCCCAGCCCUGCCCUCCUCAGAAUGGCGCCCCUCACUUCUCACCUGUUGGUCAGGAGAACGCCAUGCUCUUCACCCCCAACUCUCUGCGUGACGUUGAUGAGGGAUUUGAUGAGUCGUACAACGGAGAUGGCAUGGACUUCCAGUUGUUCCCUACCAACACUUUCAAGGCCAAUGACAUCCAGCCACUCUUCGGGGAUAUUCCCAGCGCCAACGUUGGCUUCUCUCAGACCUCUCAGCAGGACCUGUUCCCAAUUGACUGGUCAAACGUGGAUCUCCCCUUCUCUGAAUAGGAGUCCAGAGAACAGCAGGAUGGUCCCGUUGAGGACGAAGAAGAAAAGAUAUAACAGAUCACUCAUCUCGAGAUUGUAUCAACCCCAGCGAAAACACCAAUGCUUGUUUUGGUUUUAUGAAUUCACGACGGAUAUUGAAGGCCACCCAGUUUCGGUUUAGGACCUUUUUUCAUGUAAUAAGAGCGGAGUCAUGUACCUUUUUGCCACCCAUGGCUUUUGUCGUUUGCUAGGACAAGUUGACGAGGAAGACGGGUGGAUCGUUUGAGGAUUUGAGGAUGAAGAUUGGUGAUGGGGAAAGUUGAAGAACCAAAUUGGCUAUCAGACAACACGGCACGGUACAGCGCGACAGGCUUUGCGAGAUCUGUUUUUUCACUGGAAUAGAGUUCGCCUCUCUUUCUCCUGCUAGGGCAUAGAAAUCAACCCCACAUCAGUCAUCA